AUGAUACCAACAAAAUUAUCUAUCCCAUCAAAUGUAUUAGAAUCUACUUAUAAUUAUGUCCAUCAAUCUGGUGCUUCAAGUAAUAACUACAGUACCAACAUUCGUUUGAAUCAUAUGUCUGCUGCUUAUUCUUCUUCAGAUGAAAACUUUGAUUAUGGUUCAGGGCAUAGUUUGGGAAAUUCAUCAGAAUCUGAUGAUGAGGCUCUGGAGGCUACACUUGAUUCUCACCUUCAAGAGUACUAUGACAUUGGAGACCCUGUUUAG